AUGGCUUCUACCUUUAAGGACCUCAUCUCGAUGCUCGAGAUCCCAGAUUUGCCAUUCUCAGAAGUCUCAGUGCACUGUUUCUAUGGCGAGCAGGGCAAUGAUGUUAGACAACCAUCUGCGGAUGUGCUGAGAGAGCUGAUCGACUCGAGAUAUACAGCGUAUGACAUGCUGCUGACAUUCUGUAAUUUCCAUGAGCAGUGGGUCACAUUUGCUGCACUGGAAGUCUAUGUCAGGUGUGCAUACCGUGCCUACAGCUUGCUAUCUAUCGAUUACGAGGAAGGUGAUGGUCUUGAUGACAGAGAUGCUCCUCACAUCGUCAUCUGGCGAUUCAACCUUCCUCAGUUACUCUCGCCACCUACAACUCCUAGCCUGCAGGCAUCCGUCAGCGAUCUGACAUACAUGAUCAACAAACACCAGAAGCAACCUCUGCGUACUGGUGUCAUCGCAUCAUUCCCGAAUUUUGCGGCACUGACGAGGGGCUUCGACAAGGUCACAAGCACCCUGCCGCCAUUUGAUGUUCAGGAGUACCACGAGCAAUACGGAGCUAAUAAUCAGCCUCCUAAUGUCCUGGAUAUGGCGCUCAGAAUCUUCAAGGAGAUCGAUGACUUACUCAGCUUGUACCCGCAAUACUUCACUCUGCACAACAUGAGCUCAUCCUGGGAGGAAGAGCAGGCCAUCUGUAAUGUUGAGCCAGCACUCACAUACCAGCUGGAGCUCAGCCGGUUGUCAAACUACAACCUUACACCGUGCUUCACGGAGAGCAAGCAACUCCACAUCUACCAUGCCAUCAUGCACGAGAACUAA